GGCUCGAGUUGUUUUGUUCUUUGGUCCUUUUUUGUUUUGUUUGAAUUCACAUCUCUGUUUCGGUUGACUGUGUCUGCGUUUCACCAUGCCCUUUCCGUAUGCAUGGGUCAAGUUGAACCAAUCCGGAGAUGCCGAGCGAACGGUCACUCCCCGUGCCGGCCACACGCUGACGCCCAUCCGCAAUGCUGAGGGCUUCUUCCUGUUUGGUGGUAUGGAUGGAAGGAGGAACGACCAGGGCAACCCGGCGCCCAACAGCGACCUUUUCGUGCUCCGGCUCGGAGCGAGGGGCGAGUGCAAGUGGUCGCCCAUCGAGCUGGACGCAGCCUCGCAGGUACCGCCUGCCAGAACGCUCCAUUCCGCCAUCGCGAUCAGCGCCGAUGAGAUCUUCAUUUGGGGCGGAAUCCACUCUGCCAUGCCCUUUCAGACUCUGCAGGACGGCUGGAUCUUGGACACAUCUUGCAUGGAGUGGAAGAAGGUCCACUUCAAGGCGGCGCCCACCGGCAACCGCGGCUCCGCGAGCCGGCGGAUGUCCGGCCUCAUCCAGGACCGCUCAGCGGAGGAGACGGGGCGGAAGAAGAGCUCCUCCCUGAAGCUGCGGGGCUCUAAGGCCCGCGCCUCCAUGAGCGACAGGGCUGGCAGCAUCAGCUUCUCCUCUUUGGCGGGGGCGGCCACGCGGGCCGUGGCGGACCGCCGCGGCUCCAGCCGUACCAUGGCCGCCGGCCCUGGCAGUAGCAAGAAGUGGCACGGAAUUCUGCAGAAGAAGAUGGGCAUGAUGCUCAGCGGAACGGGCCGUGGAGGUGCUGGAGGCAGCACCAUGAAGAUGCGCAAGGCAAAUGCGCCCAACCCGGCUGGGAACAUCAUGACCACCAGCGAGGAGCAGUUCCACGAGGAGUUGGUGGCCAUGGUGUCCCAGGGCCAGCGGGACGACGGCAGCGCGGCGGAUCCCAACGCGCCGCCGCCGCGGUCCAACCACACCACCAGCCUCCACGAGAACUCCGUGGUGCUCUUCGGCGGACACGGAGGCGUGGGCUAUCAGCGCCGACCUUUCAACGACACCUGGGUGCUGAACUUGGACAACCAGCGAUGGACGGAGCUUCAGUGCCACGGCAAUCCCCCGCCGCCGCGUUCGGGGCACCAAGCCUUCGCCAAGGACGGCUGCGUCUACAUUUUCGGAGGCUGGAACAACGAGCAGCAGUUCAAUGAUCUCUUCAUGCUGGACAUAGAGAACAAGGACUGGUCGGACGUGGACCUCUCCUGGGGCGUGCCGCGCUGGAACUGCUCUUUGCAGCUAGUGGAGGCGAUCCCCUCCUGGCGUGUCUUUGUCUUUGGAGGCACCGCAGACGUGUACGGCGAGGGCCGCACGGGUGGUGUCUUCGACAACCGCAUCGGCGUGCUAGACAUGAAGGAGAUCAUGCGCUGGAGUGACCCAGCGCUGGAGAUGAAGCCGGACGACCCCAUGCCGCAGGCGCGCGAGCACUCGGCCAUUUGCUACGACCCGGAGGAGUCUCGUUUGGUAAUCUUCGGGGGGUGGGCCAACAAGUGGCUGGACGACGUCUGGCAAAUCAACGUGUCCUCCAUCGUGGGGCCGCCCUACGCCAUCUCCAAGGUGGAGCCGCCUUUGGGGCCUGUCACGGGCCAGAUGAAGGUCACCAUCUACGGGGAAGGCUUUCAGUCCACCAACGGCAUGGUGGUCAUCGAAUUUUCAAGCGGCAAGCUCGCUGCAACCACACAGGGGAACGUGAUCAACGAUGAGGUCAUCGAGUGCCUCACGCCCAGCGUGCUCGGAACCAUUGGCCCCAAAGAGUGCCAGGUGAAAGUGCAGAUUGGGCCUAGGGAUUUCACCACCACCAUUGCGUCGUACUCCUACUUCCUGAACUCCAUCGCGGAGAAGUCCUUGUGCUUCGGCCCUGGCAUUUUGCAGGAGCAGCAAGCCAAUGCGGAGACCCGCUUCAUGAUCAACGCCAGAAACCAGCUUGGGGAGAAUCGAAAAUCCGGGCGCGACGAAUUCCUCGUCACGGUGCAGCAGAAGGCCACCAACGCGGAGGGCAAGGACAUCCUGCGGGACGUCGCCUUCGAGCUCAACGACUUGAACGACGGCAAGACGGAGGUGAAGUACAUGGCUGACGAGGGUGAGCUGGUCAUUCACGUGAAGCUGCUGGAUGAAAACGGCAAACCUCGGCCCAUCCGCGGCUCACCGUUCCGGCCCACUCUGACAAAGAUGGCCAGAAAUCGGGCAAACGACUAUUCAGGCCCGGUGGUCACGGCCUGGCUGGGAGCCACGCUCAAGAGCUUGGACGAGUUCUACCAGACGACCAACACUGGGCACCAGACCAAGCUUAAGGAUGGAGAUGUGAUGAACCUGAUCAAGGUCAUGAACCACAUCAAGGACAUGUACGACCAGGAAGACACGCUCAUCCUCAGACAGGACGAGGUGGUGGAGACUCUGGCGCAGCUGGAGCGCGAGGGCUUGCCCUCCGAUAAGCAGCUGAAGCAGCUCAAGAAGAUCGGUGCCAACUUGCAGCAAUUGAAGCAAGACAUCGUGGCCAAAGAGAAAGAGAUUCAGCCCAUGGUGCAGAAGGAAAGUGAGUUCUACAAGAAGGCCAUUGGCGACUUUGAGAACGAGCUCAAGACGUACCAAUCUGGCCUUAAAAAGGAGGCCUACUAUAUCUACAAGAGUGGCCUGGAGCUCGCCCAGAAGCGGCUGCAGGACGUCACCACGGACCUGGACAACUUCGACAAGCGACUUGAGGACUUGUUCCACAUCGCUACCAACUUCAACUACCCUGAGGAGCUGAACAACUCCAAGAAGCUGAUGCAGGCCAUGCGUGAAGACGUGGCCAACUGCAAGGGCCUGUGGGAGUUCGAAGUUCAGCGUAUCAAGAUCACUGAGGGCUUCUUGGUGGUGAAGUGGGGCCAGGUGGUGGCUGGCGAUAUGGAGGAUGAGAUCAAGGCCCUCUUCAAGAAGUUGAAGGAGGUGAAAGUGGACCGCAAGUGCGAUGCCUUUAUGGGCGUUCAGGACGUGGUGAAGAAGUGGACGGUCUUCUGCCCCUUGGUGGGUGAGCUGCGUGACCCCGCCAUGCGAGCUCGGCACUGGGCGCAGCUCAUGGAACAGUGCGGCAAGUCCAUCACGGUCACGCCAGAAAUCCUCUUGCGGGAUAUGUGGAACUUGGAGCUCCACAAGAACCCCGACUUCGUGGAGGAUACCGCGGACCAAGCAAAGCAGGAGAUGAAGAUGGAGAACACGCUCAAGAAGCUCACCAAGGAGUGGGCUGACGUCGACUUCCAGUUCGACUCGCACCGCGGGACUGAAGUCAUGCUCAUGAAGAUGGCUGACGACAAGUUCGAGAUGCUGGAGGAGCAUCAGGUUCAGGUGCAGAACAUGUUCGCCUCGCGAUUCCUGGCCACCUUUGAGACCGAGGUGGUGUCCUGGCAAAAGACCCUGGCGAACAUCUCGGAGGUGUCUACUCUGCUGACGGAGGUUCAACGCUCUUGGGUCUUCUUGGAGAACCUAUUCAUUUUCAGUGACGAGGUGAAGAAAGAGUUGCCUGAGGAGAGCGACAAGUUUGUGGGCAUCGACAUGGACGUGAAGGAGAUCCUGCUGAACGGCUCCCAGAUCCGCAGCGCGAAGGAGUUCUGCAACCAAGGGAACAUCUUCCAGAAGCUGGAGAAGGUGCAGGGGGCGCUGGAGAUGUGUCAGAAGGCCUUGAACGACUUCAUGGACAGCAAGAAACGUGCCUUCCCGCGCUUCUACUUCAUGUCCUCCAACGAUCUGCUGGAUGUGCUCAGCAACGGAAAUCAGCCUGCGAAGGUGAUUCCACAGUUCCCCAAGUUCUUCAUCGCCAUCGACAACUACUCCCUGGAGUUCCCCGAUGGCGAGGACAACCGCCCUCACGCCACAGGCAUGAACGCCUGCGUUGGCAAGGAGUACGUGCCCUUCCCGGAGCCUUUGCCGUUGCUGGGCAAGGUGGAGUCCUAUCUGGACAAAUGCAUCGAGUGGUUCCAGAAGGCCCUGAAGUUCUUCGCCAAGCAGGACAAGGAGAAGUACUUCACGGAGGGCUGUAUGGAGGACGGCGCGAAGCGAGGGGAGUUCAUUGCCAAGUCUCAGGCCGCGCAGUGCGCGUUGCUGGUGCAGCUUAUCACCUGGGUGAUGCUUGUGGAGAACGGCUUCAACGCCGCGCAGGACGGCAAGGAGGAUGCCGUGCAUGACGCCUGGCAAGAGAGCCACCGGCUGUUGCUGAAGCUCAUCGAGAAGACCAUGACCAACCUGGACAAGCCAACGAGGCAGAAGAUCAUGUGCGCCAUCACCUUGGAUGCCCACAACCGAGAUGUGCAAGAACGUCUGGUUCAGGAGAAGGUGAACACCAAGGAUGCCUUCCAGUGGCAGAGCAUGUUGAAGUGCUACUGGAAGGAGGACAUUGAUGAUGCGUCCAUGGAGAUCGCUGAUGCCAAGCUGCCGUACGGAUACGAGUACCUGGGCAACGGGCCUCGUCUGGUGGUCACGCCGCUCACAGAUCGUAUCUACGUCACUGCUACGCAGGCGUUGCACCUGUGCAUGGGCUGCGCGCCGGCGGGCCCCGCGGGCACCGGGAAGACGGAGAGUACCAAAGACUUGGCCAACGCCGUGGCCAAGGCGUGCUACGUCAUCAACGCAGCACCCGAGAUGGACUACCUGACGCUGGGUGACAUCUACAAAGGUCUCUCGGCGAGCGGAUCUUGGGGCUGCUUCGACGAGUUCAACCGCCUGGUGCCAGAGGUGCUCUCGGUGUGCACGGUGCAGUUCAAGGCGGUGUGCGAUGCUAUCAGGGCCAAGCAGCAGAGGUUCAUGCUGCAGGGUGAUGAGAUCAACCUGAACCCGCAGGUGGGCUGCUUCAUCACCAUGAACCCGGGCUACCUGGGCCGCUCUGAGCUGCCGGAAGGGCUGAAGGCCUUGUUCCGACCCAUCACGGUCAUGGUCCCGGACUUCAAGCUGAUCAUGGAGAACAUGUUUAUGGGUGAGGGCUUCACGGAGGCCAAGGCGUUGGGCCUGAAGUUCUCCACGCUCUAUGCGCUGAACAAAGAUCUGCUGUCCCAGUCCAAGAAAUACGACUGGGGGAUGCGCGCCAUCAAGUCAGUGCUGGUGGUGGCUGGCGGUUUCAAGCGCGCGGACGCCAGCCUGUCGGAGCAGGCGGUGCUGAUGCGGUCCCUGCGCGACACCAACGUGGCGAAAAUCGAGGGCGAUGACCUGCGGAUCUUCAUGGCGCUGCUGGGGGACUUGUUCCCAGGCAUCGACGUGCCGCGCGCCCGGGACUACGAGAUGGAGGAAGUCUUGGUGGAUGUCAUGCAAGCUGACUAUGGCUUCACGCAUGACCCCGACGGCUAUCUCCUGCUGAAGAUCACUCAGCUGAUCGAGCUCUUGGGCAUUCGCCAUUGCGUCUUCCUGAUGGGCAACCCGGGCAGCUUCAAGUCGUCCAUGUGGAAGAUCCUGAAGAAUGCAAAGACCCGGCAAGGGGAGAAGACCACCGUGGUGGAUUUCAGCCCCAAGGCCAUCUCCACCAACGAGCUCUAUGGCUUUGUGAACAUGCAGACCCGCGAGUGGAAGGACGGCAUCAUCUCCAAGGUCAUGCGAGAUCUCGGCCAAAUCCCAGACUCCCACCCCAAGUGGAUCCUGCUGGAUGGAGACUUGGACGCCAACUGGAUCGAGUCCAUGAACAGCGUCAUGGACGACAACCGCCUGCUGACGCUGCCAUCCAACGAGCGAAUCCCUCUGAAGGUCCACAUGAAGAUGAUCUUCGAGAUUCGAGAUCUCAACUAUGCCACGCCAGCGACCGCCACACGAGCCGGCAUUGUGUGCAUGGACGACAGCUUCGGCGUCCAGUGGCGAUCCUACGUGAAGAGUUGGAUCAACAAGCAGGAGCACCCGGACAACGUGAAGGAUCAGCUCUGGGGCUUCUUCGAGAAGUGUGGCGCGUCUGCCACCAUCUGGCUGCUGAAGAACGCGAAGAUCUUGGUACCCAUGGUGGACAUUUGCCUCAUCAGUGCGUGCUGCAGCUUGCUGGACAACUUGCUUACGCCCACGCAAGCCACCUAUGACUCGCUGGAGUAUUGGUUCAUGUUCUGCUUCACCUCUGCGUUCGGGCUGUGCUUGGGCGAAGUGGAUGGCGUGGACUACCGCAAGAACUUCAGCAACUGGUGGAAGGGGGAGAUAAAGAGCGUGAAGUACCCGUCGAAGGGUGGCAUCUUCGACUACUGCGUCAAAGACGGGAAGUUCGAGGAAUGGUCAAGUCUGGUGGAGACCUUGGAGUACUCCAGUGAGACGCCCAUGGGGGAGAUCACGGUACCCACCAACGAGACGGUGGCAAUGACCUUCCUGAUGAGGGGCCUUAUGGAGCAGCAUCAUCCAAUCAUGCUCAUUGGCCUCGCGGGGUGCGGCAAGACGCAGUCGUGCUUGGGUCUGCUGAAGUCCUUGCCCCCGGACGUCUUCACCUUCUAUGCCAUGAACAUGAGCUACUACACGGACUCCACGCUCCUGCAGACCAUGAUGGAAAAUCCGCUCGAGAAGAAGGCGGGCAAGUUGUACGCUCCGCCGGGGAAGCUGCAACUGAUCUACUUUGUGGACGAUUUGAACAUGCCUGCGCUGGACAAGUACAACACGCAGUCUGCCAUCGAGCUCAUGAAGCAGAAGCAGGACUACGGCCAUUGGUAUGAUAGGAACAAGAUUCUGAUCAAGGACAUCGGAAACACACAGUACCUGUGCUGCAUGAACCCUACGGCGGGCUCCUUUGUGGUGAAUCAGCGCCUCCAGCGCCACUUCUGGACCUGCGCUGUGCCCUUCCCAGAGCAGUCGGCCUUGCUCACCAUCUACUCCACCUUCAUGAAGGGCCACUUCGAGCGCUUGCCCUUCAAGGGUCCUGUGCAAGAGCAAGUCUCAGGCAUCAUCAAGGCAGCCCUGAGCCUGCACUCCAUGGUGGUGAGCAGCUUCCGAAAGACUGCCAGCAACUUCCACUACGAGUUCAACAUCCGGCACAUGAGCGGCGUCUUCAACGGCCUGCUGCAGGCCAAGCCCGGAGAGUUCGCAGAGGCCGAGAAGGUGGUGCUUUUGUGGAUCCACGAGAGCGAGCGCAUCUACGGGGAUCGCCUGGUGAGCCCCGGCGACCUGAAGAAGUACCGGGCCCUGGCGGCGGACCUCAGCAAGAAGAUGUUCGGCAAGUUCAACUUCGCCAAGUACUUCCAGGAGAAGAACCCUGAGCCGCUGGUCUUUGCUCCCUUCUCCAAGGGUAUCCAGGAGAUGGAUGGAGGAGGCUUCUAUGACAAGAUCCCGAGCACAGAACGGCUGAGCCAGUUGCUUGGGGACGCGCUGAGGGAGUACAAUGAGAACAACGCCGCGAUGGACUUGGUGCUCUUCAAUGAUGCUAUGUGCCACGUGGGCAAGAUUUGCCGCAUCAUCACCUCGACCCCUGGACACCCGCUGUUGGUGGGUGUGGGCGGCAGUGGCCGACAGAGCUUGUCGCGGCUCUCUUCAUACACCUGCCUGUACCAAACCAUGAUGAUCGUCAUCAGCGGGAACUACGGCAUGAACGAUCUGAAGGGUGACCUUCAAGCCAUGUACACAAAAGCCGGCGUCAAGGACGAGGGCGUGCUUUUCCUGUUCACUGAUGGCCAGAUUACAAACGAGAAGUUCUUGGUCUUCAUCAACGAUCUCUUGGCCUCCGGCGACAUUGCGGACCUCUACGCCAGCGAUGAGAAGGACGCCAUCCGCAACGGCGUGCGCAGCGGCUGCAAGGGCGCGGGCAUCCAGGACACGCCUGAGAACCUCUGGAGCUUCUUCAUCUCCCGAAUCCGCAAGAACCUGCACAUGUCCCUGUGCUUCAGUCCGGUGGGGGAUGCUAUGCGGAACCGCGCCCGGAAGUUCCCCGCGCUGGUGAACUGUACGGUGAUCGAUUGGUUCCAGCCCUGGCCCAUGGACGCCCUCUACAACGUGGGCGCCAAGUUCCUGGAGCCCAUCGAGCAGCUGGGCUCCCAGGACAGCCCCGUGCGGCAGGGCAUCAUGGACUUCUUGCCUUUCAGCUUUGAAGCCGCAGGGCAAGUGGCCACCAAGUUCAUGGAUGUCCAGCGGCGCUUUGCCUACACCACGCCCAAGAGCUUCCUGGAGCUGAUCAAGCUCUACACCUCCAUGGUGGGCAACAAGGUGGAUGCCCUCGAGGACCAGAAGAACCGCCUCACCAACGGCCUGGAGAAGUUGCACGCCACCUCCGAGCAGGUGGCUGGUCUCGAGGAGGAGCUCAAGGAAAAGGCGGUGGUCGUGGCGGAGAAGGCCGGCGCCGCGGACGUCUUCGCCAAGGAGGUGGGCGAGAAGAAGGCCACGGUGGAGGAGGAGUCGGCCAAGGCUGCCGUGGAAGCUGAGAAGUGCGCGAAGAUCGCCAAAGAGGUUUCCGUGCAGCAGGCCGAUUGCGAGAAGGACCUCGCUGCGGCGAUUCCUUUGGUGAAGCAAGCGGAGGCAGCGCUGGACGUGCUGGAUAAGAAGGACUUCCAAGAGCUGAAGGCCUUGGCGAAGCCUCCGGGGGGCGUGGACUUGGUGCUGGAAGCCUCCAUGCACCUGCAGGCUGGCUACGAUGAGAAUAUCGAGCUGGACAAGAAGGGCGCAGUCAAGGACCCAAGCUGGAAGGGCGCCCAGAAGAUGAUGAACAACCCCGAGAAGUUCCUGCAGAACUUGAAAGGCUUCAAGGGUCACAUCGACGACGGCAAGGUGCCGCAGGCCAACGUGGAGAGGGCGAGAAAGAUCCAGACGGCCAUGGGCGACGACUUCUCCCAAGCCGGCAUGUCCAAGAAGUCCUCGGCGGCCGCCGGCCUCUGCGUGUGGAUCAUCAACAUCAUCAUGUACUACGACGUGGUGGUGCAGGUGGAGCCCAAGCGCAACGCCCUACGGGAAGCCACGGAGACGCUGAACGCGGCCAACACCAAGCUGGCGGAGGUCAAGGAGCUGGUGCGGACGCUGGAGACCAACUUGGCGGCCCUGAUGAAGGAAUUCGACAAGGCGAUGGCCGAGAAGAACGCCCUCAUGGCAGAUGCCGAGAAGUGCCAGUUCAAGCUGAACAUGGCGCAGCGCUUGGUGGGCGCUUUGGCUGCCAACGGGGUGAUUUGGGAGCAGACCGUCGAGAACGCCGGCCAGGAGCUGGUCUACAUCCCUGGAGACACAUUGGUUGCCUGCUCUUUCGCAUCAUACGUGGGUGUCUUCACGCGUCAGUAUCGCGAAGAGUGUGUGGACUCCUUUGUGCAGUACCUCACCAAGAAGGGGGUGCCACUAGGACCGAAACCCGAUCCCUUGGCCGUGCUGGCCACGGAUGCCGAGAUGGCCGCAUGGGCAGGACAGGGCUUGCCCGCUGACCGGGUGAGUUGUGAGAACGGCGCCAUCCUCUGCAACUCCCAGCGCUGGAGCUUGAUCAUCGACCCGCAGCUGCAGGGCAUCGUGUGGAUUAAGAACCGGGAGUCCGAGAACGGCCUGCAAGUCACACGCAUGGGCCACUCCAAGAUGCUCAGCACUUUCGAGAUGUCCCUGGACCAGGGCAAGCCAGUUCUCAUUGAGAACAUGGGCGAGGGCAUUGAUGCCGUGAUCAUGCCGGUGGUAUCUCGAAAUACCAUCAAGCGUGGCAACAAGAGGGUCGUGAAGCUGGGUGACAAGGAAAUCGUCUUGAACAACAGCUUCAAGCUCUUUAUGCAGACGAAGCUGUCCAACCCGCACUACCCUCCUGAGAUUCAGGCCGAAUGUACCAUCAUCAACUUCACUGUGACUGAGGAUGGAUUGGAAGAUCAGCUGCUGUUCCUGGUGGUGAAGCUCGAGAGGCCCGACUUGGCCAAGAAGAAGUCGGAGCUGAUUCAGCAGCAGAACGAGUUCAAGGUGACCUUGGCGCAUUUGGAGUCCUUGCUGCUGGAGAAGCUGGCCAAUGCCGAGGGAGACAUCCUGGAUGAUACCGAGCUGAUCCUCAGCUUGGAGGAGGCCAAAAAGACCAGUGAUGAGGUCAAGGAGAAGGUGGUGGUGGCGCAGGAGACGGAGCUGAAGAUCAACGAGACCUCGGAGUUCUACCGACCCACCGGCGCCAGGGGCUCUUUGCUCUUCUUCCAACUCAUGAGCUUAUGCAACAUGCACACCUUCUACAAGUACUCCCUGGAUGCCUACGUCAUGGUUGUGACCCGCGCCGUGAACAGCGUGACGCUACGCAAGCCGAAGGAGGUCAAGGAGGAGCCGAAGGCGGAAGAGCCGGCCGAGGGCGAGGGAGGCGACGACGAGGAGAUGGAAGAUGGGGACGAGGAGGCGGAGGCUGAGGAGGCCCCUCCAGAGGAGGAAGAGGAGGAAGAGAUCAUCGAGCUCACAGGCAAAGACCUGAAGCUGCGAGUGGAUCUGCUGCAGAAUGUGAUCACCUACUUCGUGUGGAACUACACGCGGCGAGGUUUGCUGGACUCGGACAAGCUGACCGUGGUGAGCAUGAUGUGCAUGAACAUCCUGGCUCGCGCGGGGAAGAUCACCGGCGAGGAGCGCGACACGCUGAUCCGCUGCCCUCCGGAUCCCAACCCCCCGGCGAUGCCGGAGAACGCCAGGAGCUGGCUGUCCGAGACUCAGUGGGCCCAGCUCAAGACCCUGGAGAACAUGGAGGCCUUCAAGAAGGGCGGUCAGCUCACGCAGAACAUCGAGCAGGACUCCCUGGGCUGGAAGCGGUGGUACAGCGAGGAGAAGGCGGAGAAUGCGGACCUGCCGCGCUCGGCGCGGGACCUGACGCAGUUCCAGCGCCUCUUCCUGCUCCGCGUCAUGCGCCAAGACCGCAUCGGCGCCGCGUUGUCGCAGUUCGUGAUCGACAACCUGGGCCAGGACUUUGUGGAGCAGCCUCCCUUCGACAUGGAGGUCUCCUUCGAAGAGUCCACGCCCAUCACCCCCUUCUUCUUCGUGCUGUUCCCAGGUGUGGACCCCACGCCCACCAUCGAGGCCUUGGGACGAAAGCUGGGCAAGACAGAGGCGAACGGGCAGCUGCUGAACAUCUCCAUGGGCCAGGGCCAGGAGAAGAUUGCCUUGAACGGCCUGAACAAGAUGGCAAAGGAAGGUGGAUGGAUCAUGCUGCAGAACAUUCACCUGAUGCAAGCCUGGCUGAAAGACUUGGAGCGCGCGCUGGAGGUCAUCGAAGAGUUCUCCCAUGAGGACUUCCGAUGCUUCCUGACCUCGGAGCCUCCGGGACUGAUGCAGGGCAAGCUCUGGGACCUCAUCCCGGAGCCCAUCCUGCAGCGGUGCAUCAAGGUGGCCGAUGAGGCGCCUUCUGACCUGAAGUCCAACCUGCGACGCGCCUACUCCAAAUUCUCCCAGGAGAACAUCGACGCCUGCUUGAAGCCGAGGGAGUUUAAGGCCACGCUCUUCGCGCUCUGCUUUUUCCAUUCCCUCAUCUCAGGCCGAAUUAAGUUCGGAGCUCAAGGAUGGUCCAAGAAGUACCCCUUCAACGAUGGCGACCUGACCAUUUGCGGGCAAGUGCUGAAGAACUAUCUGAACAACGCUGAGCACCUGGGUACGGAGGUGCCCUGGCCUGACCUGCGCUACAUCUUCGGCGAGAUUAUGUAUGGCGGUCACAUCACGGAUCCUUGGGACCGACGUGUGAACAACACCUACCUGGCGGUGCUGGUGACGCCGGAGCUGUUGGUGGGCGGCUCGCUGGCUCCGGGCUUCAAGUCCCCCGACGCGACCAAGUUGGAGUACUCCCAUUACGUGAAGUACAUCGAGGAGCGAUUCCCGAUGGAGACGCCGCAGAUGUUUGGAUUGCACCCCAACGCAGAGAUUGGCUUCUUGACCAACCAGGGCAUCAGCAUCUUCAAGACCAUCUCCGAGAUCACCGGGGGCGGGGGCAGCGGCGCAUCUGCGGAGAUCUCCAUGGCGCAGCCGAUUAUCACCAGCUACCUCACCGCGCUGCCGACAAACUUGGACAUGAUCGACAUCCGAGGACGGCUCAAGGAGGAGGACUACACUCCCUUCAUCAUCGUGUCUCUGCAGGAGGCGGACCGCGUGAACGGGCUUCUGGACCAGAUCCGACAAUCUCUGCUGGAGUUGGAGUUGGGCAUCAGCGGCGCACUCAACGUGACAGAGAAGAUGGAGUUGCUGAGCAACGACCUCCAGGCCAACAAGGUGAACGCCUACUGGGCGGAGAAGGCCUAUCCGUCCCUGAAAGCCUUGUCCAGCUGGUUCGCUGACCUCGUGCAGCGCCACGAGCAAGUGGUCGAGUGGACUGCCGCGCUGAAGCUGCUGAAAUCCAUUUGGAUCAGUGGGCUCUUCAACUCCAUGUCCUUCCUGACCUCCAACAUGCAGGUGGCGGCCCGAAGCAGCGGACUGCCCUUGGAUUACAUGACCAACAGGUGCCGAUUCUACAACACCCGAGAUCUGGCGGAGAUUACCGGCCUGCCACCCCAAGGCGUCAACGUGCACGGGCUUUUCCUGGAGGGUGCCGGCUGGGAGGAUGGCAAGGGUGAGGACGAGGGCUACAUCACCGAGAGCAAGAUGAAGGAUUUGCAUCCCUCCAUGCCGGUGUGCAACAUCUUUGCGGUGCAUAUCGAUGAGAUGGACUGGAACGCUAUGUACCACUGCCCUGUUUUCUCCACCUCGCUGCGGGGCGCCACCUUCGUGUUCCAGGCCAACGUUCGAAUGGAUCCGGACGACAACGAGUACCGCUGGGUCCUGGCGGGGGCAGCCAUGCUAACGCAGGCUGACUGAGAGGGGCUCGAACUGUGCAUGCGCAUGCGACAGAGCG